UACUAUAUAGUGCAACAGGUUGUUAACAAACACCUUCUGUUCUGCUAGCUGAUGUAACGCAAAACUACACGAACGGUACCGGCACAUAACCUGGCAAAGCGUCAGUUGACAGAAGAAUAAAACGCGGUUCAAGAAGGAGUAACACAACCAAAUCAGUGACGUUUCAAUUUUAAGAGGAUUACAUUCGGUAAAUCCUGCAUUCUCGCAACAGCAGGAGUGGCGUUGUGUGGAGUGGUGCUGAAACUGACAGACACAGUCACAAUGGGCAUGACAACACAGAGACCUCCUCCGGGCUUGAUCUAGUUCGACUACGGGUAGUUUCGGUUCCUCUACAAACACAUUACUAACACCAUGCGAGGAAGAGGCUACCCCCCAGUGCCAUGCUGAACAACCUCUCGUUUCUUUUUCUGGCUCUGUUCGCCACCGCCAGCGUUUUUAGGUGGUCCCACUGCUGGAACGACGAGGACCUACUGCUUCCCCCCAUCAACUCCUCCAAUAAAUUCCUUGCAAACUUAGACGUGGACGUACGGUACUCCAAGAGAUCCGCAGAAUCCGUGCUCCAGCCCUUGUGCAACAUCAGCGUGCAAAGGCUAAUGCCCACCUCGCUGGUGGCCCGCUGGGACAGACACUUCGGCUUCCAGUGCGAUGUCCUCAUCUACACCACCAACAACCACGGGCGAGCCUUUUUCUCGGCCGCUUUUAAUCGAGUCGUGUCACCUGUUGUCAUCGAGCACCUGGGUGUCUCGGCGGGGCAGCAGGAGUUCAGGUUGUGUGUCGGGUGCGGCCUCUCGCGGAACAGGAGGUUCGGCCAGGCCAGGUCAUACCCAACGCAAGCAGGGGAGCCGCUGGGUUUCUGCUGUCUAGAUUUUAGCUUGGACGAGCUGAAAGGUGAUAACAGCUGGAGACUAAACCGCAAGCCAAUCGAGUCCACUUUAGUGGCCUGUUUCAUGACUUUGGUGAUUAUUGUGUGGAGCGUUGCAGCCCUCAUCUGGCCAGUGCCUAUCAUCGCAGGCUUUCUCCCGAAUGGCAUGGAGCAAAGGAGACCAAGAUAAACCGAAAACUGUAGAUUUUGAUUUAAAAUAAUUAAAUAAUAAUAAUAAAAAAAACUGUGCACAUUUUAGCUUCAUUUUAAGGGAUAGUAUUAUUUUCUUUAUUUGGUGGACGCGAUCGAUCGUUGGAAAAACAAUUUGAUAACGUUUGGUUAGUUGAUGGGACGGACAGUCUGCACCCAGGUAACGAUAUUAAGGCAGUUUUAUUUUACAAAAAAGAAGAGUUUGGAUCAUGUUGUUUUAACGUUAAUUUUUAAAUAAAAUAUUUAUUUCCAAUGCUUUUAUGAAUAUUGUUAGUAAUGCAGCAUACUGUAGUCUAUUUCAAUCGCUUUUAACACGUGAUAUCUACUAUAGGUACACUGUAGUAUAACUACCAUUUUUAUUUUUUGUUUAGUAAUAUUAAUUAAUGCAAAUAUUUAAACGAUCGAUGUUACAGCUUAUUUCUAGGAGAGUAAACUGUAUGGUUGAAAAUACUACAUUGGUGUUAUACGUCACAUUGCAAUUAAUUAUUUUAAUACUUUUUAAAUGUUUGGAGUGUGUUUUUGUUAUGUUUGUUAUUGCAAGACAUUUUAGAGGUUUAGGAGAAAAAUGUAGGCCUACAACCUGAAUAAAUUUGACAAGCAGUUUUGUUAACACUGGACUAUUUAUAGUCCUUAUAACCUGAAGACAGCUCUGCUUUUUUUUUUUUACCAAACGUUUGAUAAUCAGACAUGAAGCAGGUUUGGGUGGAUUUAUUUAAAAUGUACAGCGAAACGGUGUUCAAUCAUAAAUGUCCUGAAUGGACAGAAUCAGAUUGCUGAAAAAAAUGAACAACACAUGAAGUACACAGCUGCUCGAAUAGGCAGCCCCUCACAUGCUGAUUCCUUUGUUCUGCACAUGUCAUCUCCGACAUGUAUUUUGUCAUAUACUGUGUAAAAGCUACAUCUUUUGUUUUAGUCGAAGGAACAAUUGAAAGACUCUAGAAUUGUAGUCAGGCAGAUCCCGUUGUGGCUUGGCUUGCCCAUGGUGGCCCUACACUGGAACAACACUCAAACAAGUGUUUGUACAGGUUGUUGUUGUCGAGCCCCUACAAGUGACAUUGCAUAGUUUUAUUUAACUCCAAGGGUUUGCCCAGUUUGCAAUUAGACUGUAGUUCUCCUUAGGCAUCAAAAGUAGACAGAAGAACAUAUAGAAAGACAACCAUAUAAAGCCAGAAAUACAGCAAGGUUAUAUAAUGGUUAUCACUAAUUAUUCUCCCUGUUGCGCUCCCAAUAAAUUAAACAUCUGACUUUGAUCUAAAUAAUGCUGAGUGAUUUUAUUUCUAGUCUAUAUUUAUUUACAACAAAUCAACCAGUAAUCUUUAUACCAAAUGCAUGUCCUUGCAGAUCACUAGCCUCUUGUCUCUUUUGGAUUCAUUAUUUACUUCUUGAGGGUUAGGACCUCUAAAGAGGAUUGUUUGGAUUAUAACUCAUUUUAAUCCUGAUCUUGUUUCUGCAUCUGAACAUAAAUCAGCAGGUGAAAAAAAACAAUAACAAACACAACAGUGUUAUUCAUUUUGCAAUUGAUCAUAAAACACAAAUGUAUUAAUAACUUGCAGCUUAGUUACUUUCCCAGAUUGAUUUGUAAAAUGCUAUUUUUAUGUGAUCACCAGUUUCUGUUGCAGUUCUUCUAAAGAAUGAAGGUAUUAUGAUUGAGUACUGGUUGUGCUAAUACUUUUAAGCUCUGAAUAAUACUGCACUUUGGGGGAUUUAAAAAUGUACCCAUGUAAGAAUGCCUUGCAGAUUUCAAAUCGUAUUUGGGUCCAAUAAAACAUCCUUAAAGUUUGUACCACUUU